AAAUAUAAAGAGGUAUAUAUUUGUUAAUGGUAGCGUUGCCAUUUCACUCUCUCUAAAGGUCAUACACCUAACAGAGGAAGAAGCCUCCCUUCUUCUCUAGGGUUUUCUUUCUUUCUUUCUUUCUUUCUUGGCCUUUACUUCAAUCCAAGAGACCAGAAGAGAAGAGGAAGAGUUCCAUUCGGUUUUGUAAUGGCUCUCUAUUCUCUCUUCAGAUCCGCGCCUUCCGCCGCCGCCGCCGCCGCUACUGUGGUGGAUUCUUCUCGUCCUUCUGAUCGAUGCAAGGUGUCUUGCAUUGGUUUCAAUAGCAAUGCGGACUCACUGAAGGUUCAGACCACCAUAUUUGGUACUCCUUGUAUUGGAAAUUCAUCUUCCUUACAGAAAUGCUGUGUCAGGAGUCUCCAGCCCAUCAAAGCCACAGCCACAGAAUUGCCUCCUACAGUUCAAAAGUAA